GCCUGCCAGCGAUUCCGGCCACCAAGAGUGCAGCGCAGACGGCUUGUGCGCGACCAAACAACUCUUCUUCCUCUUCGUCUCCUCGUCUCGAUCAUCCCUUCGUCCCAAGAACGCAGCUCUUUCCCACAUACUCGGCAUCAUGUUUGGGCGCGGCCACCCUCAGGAUUACGAGGACGGGCCGUAUGGCGGCCGGCCCAUGGGCAGUGGCCACCAGCCAACUCGCCCCGUCGACAAGGAUAAGACUGAGGCUGAGCUCAGCCUUAACAUCAAGAAGGCGACGAGCCCCGAGGAGACUGCGCCAAAGCAGAAGCAUGUGCGAAAGUGCAUCGUGUACACCUGGGAUUACCACUCGUCGCUGAGCGUGUGGAACGGUCUUCGGACGCAGCCUAUCCUCACCGACGAGGUCCAGACGUUCAAGGCCUUAAUUCUUGUGCACAAGGUGUUGCAAGAGGGCCACCCAGUUACUCUCAAGGAGGCGCACGCGCAGACCGGCUGGCUGGAGACGUGCGGUCGCACCGUUGGCGGCGAUGGGCAGAAGGGUUAUGGCGCGCUCAUCCGCGCCUACACGUCGUUCCUUCUCGCUAAGUUGCGCUUCCAUCGGCACCACCCUGAGUUCAACGGCCUGUUCGAAUAUGAGGAAUACAUCUCUCUGAAGAACAUUGAUGACCCAAAUGAGGGCUACGAGACGAUCACCGACCUCAUGCAGCUGCAGGACCAGAUCGAUUCCUUCCAGAAGCUCAUCUUUGCUCAUUUCCGCGGGUCAAACAACAACGAGUGUCGCAUCUCGGCGCUAGUUCCACUCGUUAAGGAGUCGUUUGGCAUUUACAAGUUCAUUACGUCAAUGAUGCGCGCCAUGUACCGCCGCACCGACGCAAGCGAUGUCCUUCAGCCCCUCAUGGAGCGCUACAACUCCCAGCAUCACCACUUGCGUCGCUUUUACUAUGAGUGCUCCAAUCUCAAGUAUCUCACAGGGCUCAUCAACGUACCCAAGCUCGGACAGGAGCCGCCCAACCUCAUGAUCUCGGACCAGGGCGACGCGCCUGACUUGCCGCGGCGUCCGAACCCAGAGCGCAAGGCGACACCCAAGGAGGCGCCGCCGCGGACGGACACCCCCUCAGCGAGCCAGGCUGAGAUCGAGGAGCAACGCCGCAUGCUCGAGGAGUAUGAACGCAAGCAGAACGAUCUAGUCAAGCAACGAGAGAACGAGGAGCGUCGCCAACGUGAGGAGAAGGAGCGGCAGGAUCGCGAGUUCGCCGAGGCACAGCGGCUGCAGAAGGAGCGCGAGGAACAGGCCCAACGCGAGCUUCAGCAGCAGCUCAUGAAUCAGCAGAUGAACCAGCAGUGGCAGAGCCAAAACGCUGGUCAGCUUGCUGAGCUACAACAGCAGAUGCUCGCAGCGCGGGGUCAGUACGAGCGCGACCAGAUGAUGCUCGAACAAUACGACCGGCGCGUCAAGUCGCUGGAGAGCGAGCUCGCCAUGGUUGGCGCCAACGUCGGCGCCCAAAUGAACGCCAAGGAUGAGCUCAUCGCGCAGCUCCAGAAGCAGAUUGAGGUGUGGAAGAAUAAGUACGAGGCCGUAGCCAAGCUUUACUCGCAGCUGCGCGGUGAGCACAUCGAUCUUCUCAACAAGAGCAAAAGCUACCAGCUCAAGGCGAACUCGGCCCAGGAGGCGAUCGACAAAAUGGAGCGUAUGGAGCGUGACGUCAAGGCGAAGAACCUCGAAUUGGCCGACAUGAUCCGUGAGCGUGAGAAGGCGCGCUACGAUCUCGACCGCGUGCGCUCCACCCAUAAGGAGGAGAUGGACCGUCUCAAGCGCGAUCUCUCCUUUGCGAAUGAGCGCGCUGAGGAUGCGUCGCGGCACAAGAGCACUGAGGUGCGCGACAUCAUGGCCAAGUACAACCGCCAGCUCAACGAGCUUGAGGACACGGUCAGAUCUAAGCAGAUGCAGAUCGACAACCUCCUCUCCAAGGAGCAUGACCGCAACGAUGAUGUUCACCGCCAGCUCGAGGAGAAGGAGGCCGAGCUUCUCGUGCUCCAGGAGGCUAUGGACCAGAACAUCCAAGAGCUUCAGGAACUUAAGCUCACGCAGGGCGAGACGUCCAACACGUUCGACGCCCAGGUUGACACUCUCAUCCUCGAUCACCGCAAGGAGCUCAACGCGAUCAUUGACUCGAUCCUGCAGGCUUGCGUGCAGAAGGUCGAUGACGCCAUCUACGAGCUGGAGGCGCCCACGCACCUCGGCAACACGACCGCAACCGCACCUUACACGCAAUCAAUGAUCGAGAAGGCCAUGUCCAACGCAACUGAGUUUACGUCCACGUUUAACCUCUACCUCGGCCGCAAGAGUGGAGGUGGAUACGUCGACGUCAUCAAGGCUGCCAAUGAAUUUGCGCAGAGCAUGUCCGAAACGCUCGUAUCGAGCAAGGGCAUCACGCGCCUUGCUGAGGACGAGGAGAAGUCGGACAAGCUUGUCCAGGUGGCCAAGCGGGCCGGUGACGUCGUACAGCGCCUCUUCCUCAACCUCCAGAGCUACAAGCUCGUGAGCGGCAACAAGGAGGAAGUUGUACUGCGCAACAACGCCGAGGCCCGCAACGCGCUCUCCAAGCUCUCGGAAACGAUUGAGCAAGUCGUGCCCAAGUCUAAAAGUAGCCUCACGCACGUCAACGGUGAUUUGGGCGAUAUCGUCGCAAGCGAGAUGGAAGCAGCCGCGCGCGCGAUCGCGCAGGCCACCGAACGCAUCGCGCAGCUCAAAGCACAGCCGCACGACAAGUUCUCGGCGCUCGAUCGACCGGUGCACAACGCGAUCCUGGACGCCGCGGCGGCGGUCACGAACGCAAUUGGGCGGCUCAUUCAGGCUGCGACAGCGUCUCAGGAAGAGAUUGUGCGCGAGGGCAAGGGCACGAGUUCGACCACACAGUUCUACAAACGCAACCACCGCUGGACGGAGGGUCUUAUCUCCGCAGCCAAGGCAGUUGCGUACGCGACAGGACUCCUGAUCGAGAACGCGGACGGUGUGAUCAGCGGGACUCACAGUUUUGAGCAGCUAAUUGUCGCAUCGAACGAGGUAGCAGCCAGUACGGCGCAACUCGUCGCAGCAUCGCGUGUCAAAGCCAACCUCAUGUCUCGCGCGCAGCAGAAUCUCGAGCUCGCUUCCAAGGCCGUCACAGAUGCGUGCAAGGCUCUCGUCCGACAGGUCAAGGUGGUGUCCAACCAAGCCGACGCAGACGACAUGGUUAACUAUGCCGCGAUGGCAAGCCACGAAUUCAAGACUCGCGAGAUGGAGCAGCAGGUCGAGAUUCUUACGCUCGAGAAGAAGCUGGGCGCUGCCCGUAGGCGUCUGGGCGAGAUGCGCCGCGCUGGUUACCACCAAGAGGACGACUAAGCUGUUAACAAUACAUAGAUACCCUAUGGAUGAAGCUAGAGGCCAAGGAGGUUGCGGACCUGCUCGCGGACGCGGCGCUCAAACUCGGCUUUGUUCUCCCGAUACAGCUUGCAGCACUCGACGUCGGCGCCCGACUCGAUGUUGGGCUCGGCGAGCAUGCUUAGCACAGACAGGAGGACACUGCGCACGCCCUGCACUGGCGACCAGCGCUCGGAUGCC